GAGCCAGCCAGUGAGCGCGGGAGCCAGGCAGGCAGGGCCGGCUGGCUGGCCGGCCGGUGGAGUAGGGAAGAAGCGGAAGGCAAAGAGGCAGCAGCAGCUGCUGCAGCAGCGACGGGGGCGCCUCAGUCCCUGCCAUCGCCACCACCACCAUCACCCCCCGGGAGAGGCUGCGACUCUCCGGCCUGGCGGGCCCCCAGCCACCCAACCUCUCGGCCAUGCCGAAUAAAAAGAAGGAGAAAGUGAACCAGGAACCUCCAAAAGCAGGCAAAAGUGGGAAGAGUAGCAAAGAUGUGCAAGAUAACCUGGACAUUGAAGUCACAAGCAAAAAAUCAAACAGCAUUCCACCUGCCACACAACUCUCUAAAAUCAAAGUACCUCCUCCACAGGCUGCAGUGAAGAAAGAAAAACGGCAGAGUUCUUCUAGAUUUAGUAUUAGCAGUAACAGAGAACUCCAAAAGCUGCCAGCUUUAAAAGGCUUUGGAAAACGGAUACACCUUUCAUAGAGGUCUAUAUCAAG